AUGGAAGAUAAUUAAACACAAAUUUAGUUUGAUUAUAUUUCUUUUGUAAAACAACUACCAAACAAUUACCCAUAUGAAUGCAUCGGAUUUUUGGUCUUCCUUUUCUACAUCUUUAUGUACAUAACAGGAAAUACAACAAAUAAGAAACUAGCUUUGAAAUUUGCAUCAACUACAUAUGACUUCUUUAAGAGUAAUUUCACAUAGGUUGGUGUUACAAACAAAGAGAAUGGACCAUUACUUCAAUCGAUUUCAAGUAAUUCUUUUGGGUAAACAAUUUCAUAUUAUCUUAGAUUUAUGGCCUAAGGAAGAAACAAUUUAAAUUGUCUUGCUGUUACAAUUGAUCUUAAGAAAAGAUAAGAUCUAUUAUCUAUGUUAUUCUUUUCCUUUAUCUGGCCUGAAAGAGAUACAAUCACUAUUGAUAUUCCACUAUCUUCCAUUCCAUAACCAAUAUGUUUUGCAUUGGUAAAGAAAAGAGAUGCCAAAUCCUACAAAGAAGCUAAUCUUGAUCUUAAAUAUCUUUGUGAAAAGUUAUCCAUUGAUAAAAUUGAUGAUCAGUAUAUACAUUUAUUUAAUCAUAGUUUAACACUUGUCACAUUAGGUGAAGGUAAAGAACCUCUAACAUCUAUUUUUGAUUCCAAAUUAUGUUCAGCAUUAGGAAAGUAUGAUAAAUACAUCUAAAAUAUUCAUUUUACAGAUUAAAAAACACUUCUACCUAAGUAAUUCAUUUCUCUAUAUUAGUCCAUAUCAUUUAAGAGCUACAUUAAUUAAUAUUGAAUCAAUAGAUGAUUAUACAGAAUUUAUUUCAUUAAUUCUUAUUAUUGUUGAUAAAAUAGCCAAUUAUAAAUUAUCAGCAUCUACCAGACAAUAAUAUGAAGAAGAAAGAGCUAAAUUUGAAGAAAUUAAAUCGAAAGAUGAAAAACAAAAGAAAAUUGAAGUAUUAUUGAUAUCUAUAUUUUAGGAAGCCUAAAAAAAGAAAACCGAAAAAUUAUUAAAGGAAAAAUAAAAAAUUAUGUCCCUUCCUAGAGAAUAAUAAAUCAAAUUAUAAGAUAAAGAAAAGAGAGAUGAAAUUAAAAAAAAAUAUGCAAAAAGAACAAUGUAUAUGUGAGAUAUU